CGGUCACACUAGCAACCGGCAGCGUUUGUUUUGCUGCAGAUUUUUGUGUUUAUUUUCGUUUUUGUGCAAUUUAACAAGAUCAACAUGAAGCGAAGAAGUCAAACUAGAGCCGAACAAGCCGUUCCACCAGCUAAAACUACAAAGGAGAAUAGUGGAUCGCUCACAGUGUCCCAGCUCAGCUCCGAUGUUAUUUGGCAGCUGGCAUCGCAGUACUGGACGCCGGACACGAAAGCAGAUCACCUGCCGUACAGUGCCAAGAUCAUCGAACGCAUUUACAAUGAGGAGAUCGGUGAUGGCGGUGGCCACAGUGCACGGAGGAUAAACAUGCUGGAGUUCAGUCAGUAUCUGGAGCAGUACCUGUGGCCACACUACCAACGUGAAACCGCCACCCAUGCCCACCUUAUGUCCAUCGUUAUAAUGGCCAACGAGAAGUUCCGGGAGCGCGUCGAAGUUUGGACCGUGUUUGAAAAGCUCCCGGAUCAGUAUCCAGCCUUCUUUCGCCACGUGCUAGAGAGCUGUUUGCCGAGCAAAAAGGCAAAGGAGGCUAGUAGCACGCUAAGGGAGCGGACAGCGCUGUUGAUGUUCAUUAACCACUGCUUUAACAGCAUGGAGAUAGAGCUGUGCAGAGAACAGGCCAAACGACUAGUCUCCUUGUCCAUGUGGCAUUGCCUGCAGCCUCGCCGUCGCGAACAAGAGCUUCGAGAAGUUCCUGAGUGGCGAAAGUACUGGAAACGCUUGCUCAAGAAGGAGAAAGACAGCAAACCGGAGGUCCUCUGGGAGAGACACUUUAUGCAGAACCUUAUCAUUGACUUCCUGCACAUACUCGAAAGCAUUCCCGCCGAAGGCGAGGUGCCGCGCAACGUGGUUCACUACUGUGAGCGCUUCCUAGAGUUUAUUAUCGACUUGGAGGCACUUUUGCCGACUCGACGCUUCUUCAACACGGUUUUAGACGACUGUCAUCUGAUUGUGCGGGCUCUUCUGUCACCCUUGGUUCGUCGCGAGGAGGGAAAACUGUUUGGUCAGCUCCUGGACAUGCUAAAGUUUUAUACCCGCUUCGAGAUCAACGACGUUACUGGAAGUUCGCUCACUGAUCACGACAUGACCCAGCUGCACUACAAGAAGAUCACCUCGCUGCAGCGAGCGGUGUUCGCCAAGUUUCCCAGCCUGCGGGUCUUUGCCUUGUCCAACGUAGCCACGGUGGAUAACAGGGAGUCGCUGGAGCAGCACUUCGGUGGGUUGGAUGGCAAGGGACUCCUUCAGAUUGCCACGUUCUUGAAUCUCGUGCCAGAGGAGGUGGUCUCACCCUUGGACUGGCAUCGGGUAGACGAGCAAUUUCUGCGUGAGCUGCUGAUUACGCGACAUGAGCGACGCUGUUCGCAGUUGGAGGCGCUAAACGAGAUGCCCCUGUAUCCCACGGAGCAGAUCAUCUGGGACGAGAACGUGGUGCCCUCGGAAUAUUACUCCGGUGACAGCUGCUUGGCGCUACCCAAACUUAAUCUGCAGUUCCUGACUCUCCACGAUUAUCUCCUACGCAACUUUAACCUAUUCCGCUUGGAAUCCACCUAUGAAAUCCGCCAAGAUAUCGAAGAUGCCGUCAGCCGCAUGUUGCCAUGGAAAUCCGAAGAUGGCGAUGUUGUGUUCGGUGGCUGGGCAAGAAUGGCUCUGCCCAUUGCCAGCUUUGCCGUUGUCGAAGUGGCCAAACCUCAUCUUGGCGAAAAGAAGCCCUCCAGAGUACGUGCUGAUGUGGGCGUAACUCUUUCGGUGCGCCGAGAGAUCAAGGCAGAGUGGGAGAACCUUCGAAAGCACGACGUGUGCUUCCUCAUAACCGUAAAGCCAACGCAACCAUACGGCACUAAGUACAAGCACCGCGAGCCUUUUGUUCCCCAGGUAGGCUUGGUCAGUGUCCGUGGGUGUGAGGUGGAGGGCAUGCUAGAUGCCAAUGGCCGAGUCAUAGAAGACGGCCCGGAACCAAGGCCACAGCUGCAGGGUGAGAAUCGUUGCUACCGCGUUUGGCUGGACUCCAAUCAGUACCGCUUGGAUAUGGACGAUCUACAGGAGGGAGCCGACGAUGUCUACGAGAGUUUUAACAUCCUCAUGCGCCGCAAGCCCAAGGAGAAUAACUUCAAGGCCGUGCUGGAAACCAUACGUCAUUUAAUGAAUACUGAAUGCGUGGUUCCGCCUUGGCUUCACGACAUCCUUUUGGGCUAUGGUGAUCCUGGAGCUGCCCACUACAGUAAUAUGCCCAAUCAGGAACGCAGUCUGGAGUUUAACGAUACCUUCAUGGAUUACAAUCAUCUUGAGGCCAGUUUCCCCCAAUAUAAUUUGAAGUGUGAGGUGCCAGUGGAAAACCGCCAACCUCCUUUUAGGCUAAUAUUUGAGGAUGUGCCUAUUCAAAAGGAAAGCGAUGGAGAGGAUCCUGAAGAGAAACCUGAAGAGAAAUUGACCAAAUCCAUUUUGGUGCAGCCCUACAAAUAUGAAGCCAGGGGCCCAUAUCCCAGCGACAAGCCUAAACAAAACUCUAUUCGUUUUACACCCACUCAAGUGGAAGCCAUUCGUGCUGGAAUGCAACCGGGACUGACACUGGUGGUCGGUCCUCCUGGCACCGGUAAAACUGACGUGGCUGUGCAAAUUAUAUCGAAUAUUUACCACAACCACCCCAAUCAACGAACCCUUAUUGUGACCCACUCCAAUCAGGCGCUCAACCAGUUGUUCGAAAAGAUCAUGGCUUUGGAUAUCGAUGAGCGGCACUUGCUACGUCUUGGUCACGGCGAGGAAGCUUUGGAGACCGAGAAAGACUACAGUCGAUAUGGACGAGUCAACUAUGUACUGGCCAAGCGUAUGGAUCUUCUUAGCCAGGUGCAGAAGUUGCAAGAGGCGCUUGGCGUGAGUGGUGAUAAUGCUUACACUUGUGAAACCGCCGGCUAUUUUUAUCUGUACAAUGUCAUGGCGCGAUGGGAGAAGUUCCAGAGUCAGAUAAGCGUACAUAAAGGGGAGGCGGAUGCGGAGAAGCUAAGAGCAGAGUUUGAAAAGGAGUUUCCCUUUGGAAAAUUCUUUGCAGAUGCCCCGCAGCCAUUGUUCAAGGGCGCGAAUUAUGAUGAACUUAUGGAUAUUGCCUGCUCUAAUUUCCGAUACAUUUCGGAUAUAUUCAACGAACUAGAGGAAUUCCGUGCUUUUGAAUUGCUUCGCACGGGACUAGAUCGAUCGAAAUAUUUGCUAGUCAAAGAGGCAAAGAUCAUUGCCAUGACUUGUACACAUGCGGCACUCAAACGCAAGGAGCUGGUUAAUCUCGGUUUUCGAUACGACAAUAUCCUUAUGGAAGAAUCGGCGCAGAUCCUGGAGAUCGAAACGUUUAUUCCCCUGCUGCUGCAGAAUCCGCUGGAUGGACUUAAUCGUCUUAAACGUUGGAUCAUGAUCGGGGAUCAUCAUCAGCUGCCGCCUGUGAUUAAGAACAUGGCUUUCCAAAAGUACUCCAACAUGGAACAGAGUCUGUUUACCAGGCUGGUUCGUCUCGGAGUGCCUACCGUAGAUCUUGACGGGCAGGGUCGUGCACGAGCCAGUAUUUGUUCGUUGUACAAGUGGCGCUACAAGAAGCUGGAAGACCUGCAGCACAUCUUUGAGCGGGAUGAAUACAAACAGGCUAAUCCAGGAUUUGUUCACGACUACCAGCUUAUUAAUGUCGAAGAUUUCAAGGGAGUGGGGGAAAGCGAGCCCAAUCCCUACUUCUACCAGAAUCUUGCUGAGGCAGAGUACAUUGUCGCCGUGUACAUGUAUAUGCGUCUGCUGGGCUACCCUGCAGCUAAGAUCUCCAUUUUGACAACCUACAAUGGUCAAAAGCAUCUCAUCCGCGACGUAAUCAACGCCCGAUGCGGAAACAAUCCUCUUAUUGGUUGGCCGCAUAAGAUUACCACCGUGGAUAAAUACCAGGGUCAGCAGAACGACUACAUACUCAUUUCUCUAGUACGCACCAAGGCGGUUGGACAUCUGCGGGAUGUACGACGUUUAGUGGUGGCCAUGAGUCGAGCGCGUCUGGGAUUAUAUGUAUUUGGCAGGGUCUCCUUGUUUAAGAACUGUCUGGAACUUCAGCAGACUUUCAAGCUUCUAACACAGAGACCUUUGAAGUUGAGUCUGGUACCCGAAGACAAGUUCCCCACGGAUCGUUUGGCUAGUGCUGCUGUAGCCAGUCAAGAUAUCAAGACGGUAGAAAACAUGUCCGAAAUGGCACAGUUUGUGUACGAGCGGUACAUGGCAAAAAUGGAGGAGCUAAAGGGCACUCUUCCUUCCGAAGAAGAGUUGGAAGCAAUGCGCAACCAGCUGCUGCAGGAAGAUGAGGAAUCUGUUCCAGAAGCUUCCGAAGAGCCUCCGGAAAAAAGAGCAGCUAAGGAAGAGCCAUUGUCCAAAAAGAAAACAACAGAAGCCUUUAAGCCCACCCCUAUUCUCAACGAAAUAAACGUGGACGACACGGAGAUGGGUCAAAGGGAACAAAUUGAAGAGGAAGCUACUGAUCAAGACAAAACCCAGGAGUCGGCUCCAGCUGAAGAGUCUUAGUUAUUGUUCAGUUGCUCAAAUAAUUUAAUUUCAUUAAGUUCCAACAAAGUUAAAGUGACAAAUCAAAAACGCAUAGACCACACUC